GCCAGGCUCACCUUGUUCUUAUUUUCCCUCUCCUGGUACAGUGGGAGAUCAGGAUCCAGGUCCUUAGCACCUUACCUCUGACAUAAUCCCUCAUAAGACCCCUUCUUAAAGCGGUAGUGAUAGCGGAGAUGGGGCCGCGCGUGCUGUGCGUGCUCGCGGUGAUCGCGGUCUGCCUGGCGGGAUGCGCGGCGUUUUCGGAGGAGCGGCCGACGGACCAGCGCAUCCUGGUGCUGCUGGACGAUCUUAAGAAUAAGGACGCCUACUCUAUCUUCUUUAAGAACCUCGCAGAUCGCGGGUACGACCUGGACCUGCGCGCGGCGAGGGAUUCGAGCCUCGUGCUGCAGAAGUACGGCGAGUACCUCUACGACGCCGCCAUCAUCCUCGCGCCCAAAGUCUCAUCGUUCGGCGGCGUGGUGGACGUGGCAGCUAUUCUCGACUUUGUCGACUCGGGCCACGACCUUAUCCUCGCGGCGGACAGUGGCGCAUCCGACACCAUCCGCGAUAUUGCACUGGAGUGCGGCGUGGAUCUCGAUGAGAACCCCAAGGGCGUGGUGGUGGACCACCAGCAGUUCGCGCGGGUGAGCGGGCGCAGGGACGACCACACGCUCGUCGUGGGCAGCAAUCUCCUCAACUCCUCCGUCAUCCUCGGUCCCGCGCCCAUCAAGGGACCCGUGCUUUUCCAAGGGGUUGCCAUGACUGUCUCGCCCACGUCCGAGCUGGUGGUGCCCGUGCUGUCUGGCUCCCCCUCAGCCUACGCGGCGGACCCAGCUGCCACGCUCAAGGAGCCCCCGGCGCUGCAGGGCAAGGCGGUGUCGCUGGUGGCGGCCAUGCAGGCGCGCAACAACGCCCGCGUGCUCAUCUCGGGCUCCCUCGCGCUCUUCACUGACAGCUUCUUCCGCGCAGUGGUCGACGUGUCUGCCACCACCAGCGACGCGGCCGCACCAGACGCCAAGACGUCCCAGUGGCUCUCGCCGUCCGGCAAUGAACAGUUCGUCUCGGAGCUCUCCAAGUGGACCUUCCACGAAAGGGGGCACCUCAAGGCUGAGAAUCUGCGCCACAACAAGGCGGGCGAGAGCACGGAGCCCGCCAUCUACCGCGUCUCUGACCAGCUGGAGUUCGCAGUGGACAUCUUUGAGUGGGCGGGCAGCGAGUGGGUGCCAUUCAAGGGCGACGACGUGCAAGUGCAGUUCUACAUGAUGAGCCCCUACGUGCUCAAGACGCUGGCGCAUGAUGACAAGGGUCGGUUCUUCACGGCCUUCCAGGUGCCGGACGUGUACGGCGUGUUCCAGUUCAAGGUGGAGCACAAGCGCCUGGGCUACUCCACCAUCUCGCUCUCCAAGCAGAUCCCUGUGCGCCCCUUCCGCCACGACGAGUUUGAGCGCUUCAUUCCAGCCGCCUUCCCCUACUACGCCUCCACCUUCUCCAUGAUGAUAGGGUUCUUCGUCAUCGGCUUCGUCUUCCUUUACCACAAGUAGCUCCUGCAGCAAUUCCUGCUCUUAAAAGUACAGUGGUGCCUAGAUGCCGUGCCUGGACCCCUCUCUCUAGUCUGCUUACACUACCACAGACAGACCAUUUGGGACUCGCUGAAUUGUGCUCUAAAGCUGAGCUGACAGACAGUGUCCCUUGGGGCUGCAUGUGCAGCAGCGAUGCCUGGAUUCUAUAUUGUAACCCCCGACACUGCACAGAUCAAAUGAACAGCAACUCAGUGUGGCUUCCACUCCUUGGCUUUUGGUCUCACCAUCACAGUGCCAAAAUAUUCUUGAAAUAUACACCGAGUCUUUUUGUUCAAGUAG